AUGUAUGACUUCUGCCUCACGAUUCCGUAUGGAAUGCUCUUGGGCGUAGGUGGUGUCAUUGGCUUCAUAAACACGGGUAGCACUAUGUCUGUCGCAGCCGGUGGACUGUCUGGUGCCAUUUUGAGCUUCCUUGGCUACUGCAGUUAUAAUGAGUACAAACAGAGUCCUGUGACGUCUAAAUUGUGGCCUGGUCUCUCGUUAGCCGUGUCUACAGCGCUCACUAUUACUAUGGGCAACCGCUACAACAAAACGAACGCAUUUUUCCCAGCAGGUUUCUUGGCUGCUUACAGCGCUGGUAUGUCAAUCUUUUACGUGUGGGUUCUUACUAAAAAGAGCAAGCCACAAUACAAGAAGAAAGCUUGA